AUGCCAGAGAUUCAAAUGAGCACCAAUGCAGCUUCACUGAUUGUGAAAGUGGAACUUGUUGGAGCGACUCAUACCAACCAAAUGAAGUCCACAAUUGUCAUUGACUUAAAGCCUGAUAUCAUCACAAAGUGUCAGCUGAGUACCAAGCCAAUGCGGGUGAGUGCAAAGAUCACUGGGCAGAACUUCCAUCAAAAGGAACCAAUGACUGUCUUUGCAUCUUACUGGAAUGGGCUGUCUAAAGCCGACAAGGAGUUAUACAAGUGCAAAGCAGCUGCUCAACUCAAAUCAGCUGGAGCCAGUACUACUAGCAAUGAUGCGGAUGAGGAGUAG